AUGGCAAUGUCAAUCGCUGGAAUCGAGGUCCUUCAAUGUUCCCCAACGAGUCCAAGUGCUCCCGAUUCGAAUUACAGCGGGCUUUUUCCAUCCACAUCAGUCGUGAACAAAGGGUUUCGAAAGUCCGCCGAUCGCGCCGCCUUUCAGGCAGACACAAUUUUCGACAGAGACAUCGAAAUCCCGCUCCGUGACGGUGUGAAGUUACGAGCAGAUAUCUUUCGCCCUCGUCAGGAUGAGAAAGUCCCGGCGAUUAUUGCUUGGAGUCCUUACGGGAAAACAGGAACAGGGUUUUUCUCGUUGGACUUGACUCCCGGUCGUGCCGGGGUGCCCAAGUCUAGAACGUCAGGGUUCGAGAAAUUCGAAGCCCCGGAUCCCGCUGAAUGGACGGCAAAAGGGUAUGCCAUUUGCAAUGUGGAUGCACGAGGUGUGUUCGAUUCCGAAGGCGAUAUCAGAUGGUUUGGCACCUCAGAGGGCAAGGAUGGCUACGAUACCGUUGAACACAUAGCAUUGCUGCCAUGGUGUAAUGGAAAUGUCGGCAUGGUUGGAAACUCCUGGCUGGGGAUUUCUCAAUGGUUUACAGCCGCCGAAAACCCUCCUCACCUGAAGUGUAUCGCUCCACUCGAAGGCGCCAGCGAUAUCUACCGAGAGAUUGCUGUGCGUGGUGGGGUCCCUGCACUUCCAUUCCAGGGCCUCGUGCAGACAAAAUUAUACGGUCGUCAACAGCAGGAGGAUGGAGUAACCAUGACCUUGAAAUACCCUACCUGGAACGGGUUCUGGGAAGACAAGCGAGUGAAAAUGGAGAAGAUAAAUGUCCCAGCCUACAUUCUUGCCAGUUACUCGACAGGACUACAUACCGAGGGUUCGUUUCGAGGGUACGAAGAAACGAAGGGACCGAGGUGGCUUCGCGUUCAUUCGACCCAGGAGUGGUACGACCUGUACAGCAAGGAAUGUAACGACGAUCUCCAGCUGUUUUUCGAUAGAUACUUGAAGGACAUUCGGAACAAGUGGGAGGACACCCCCAGGGUCCGAGUAUCGAUCUUGCGUUUCAACAAGCCAGCCAUAGAGAAUCAUAAGUUUCCAGAAUGGCCCAUACCCAACACUCAAUAUCAGACAUUAUGGCUCCGACCCUCAGGAGAGCUCGUGGAACCAAACAUAGCGGACUCAUCCGUGGGAAUCUGUACGUAUCAAUCCGACGUACCGGCAAUGCAGAAAGGAAGUGACCCUGAGGAGAUCCAGUUUAAAUGCAAGUUUAAGCAGCCGUGUUAUGUUGUUGGAUAUCCCAAAGCAAAGCUCUACGUCUCUUGUCCCAAUCACGAUGACUUGGAUAUCUUUGUACAGCUUCGAAAGAUGGACAUUUCGGGGAAUCUGUUGGAGAAUCUCAACAUCCACCCAACAGCGCUGGGCAUCCCGGCAGACAAAGUCCCCAACGUCAAUGUUCUGAAGUAUCUGGGUCCUACCGGUAUCAUCAGAGCCAGCCAUCGACAAUUAGACCCUAAGCUUAGCAAAGCACAUCACCCCGUGCUCAGCCAUAAAACCCUCCAAAAAGUCGGGCCCGGCGAAGUUGUUGAGUUGCAAAUUGCAAUCUGGCCGUGCGGAAUCGCCUUUGACGCCGGCGAAAGCCUGAUAUUGAAAAUCAGUGGACAUGAUAUGAGACUCGCAGAGUUUCCACCUCUCUAUGGCAGCUUUAAAAGUGGGAACAAGGGCAGUCACAGGAUCUACUGCGGCGAGGGAGGAUACCAAAGCGAGCUGGUCAUUCCUACUGUGAAUCUUUGA